UGGCGGUCGGUCGCCGGCGCCGAUCAGUACUCUCCCGACCGCCAACAGUGGCACACGUUUCCACGUUCACAAAUUAAGUAUCGAACACUAAAAUAAAAUAAUUUAUUUUACUCUGUGCUAAAUGUUCUAAAUAUACAAACAGUCACUUGUAAAUAUAACAGUGUUUUAAUACAAUAAACUUGGAAAAGCGCGGGAGUGUGUUGCAUUCGCGUGUAUGCUUAUAAGCCGGCACUACGGAGCAUUCGGAAUUUGAAUUGGUGAAGGUCCGCUUCAACAGAUUGGCGAUAUUGGCUUUAAGUAGGCUUUCCCCUGAGCCUGCAUUUCGGGUAAUAAAACAUGGUGGUGCGAGUGGCAACGGAUGAGCGGCCGUUCGAGACGCCGUCCUCGGACGAGAGCGGCCUCGGCAGGAGUGAUUCACCCAGUGACGAUGUUGAACCAGAAGCAGCUUUGGUGGUGCCGCCAGACGGUGGCUGGGGUUGGGUUGUGGUGGCUGCUUCCUUCAUGUGCAAUGUCAUCGUCGAUGGCAUUAUCUUCUGCAACGGAUUCCUGGUCACGGAAAUACAAAAGGAGUUUGGUGUGAGCGAAGGUGCUGUAGCGCCUGUGAGUUCCAUAUUGACCGGAUUUUAUCUUCUGUCCGGACCGUUCGUGUCUGCCCUUGCUAACAAAUACGGGUUCAGGAGUGUGACUAUCGUAGGCAGUUUGAUAUCCAGCGUUGCUUUCACCCUAUCUUACUUCGCAACUAGCGUUGAAUAUCUCUAUCUAGUCUACGGUCUUCUAGGAGGUAUCGGUUUCUGCAUGAUCUACAUGCCGGCAGUGUUGACUGUCGGGUUCUACUUCGAAAGAUGGCGUGCAUUGGCCACCGGCCUUUCGCUCUGUGGCUCCGGAGUCGGUACAUUCAUCCUUGCUCCUCUCACUAAUAUGGUCAUCGCGAAAUACGGCUGGAGAUGGACCAUGGUUAUACAUGCUGGAUUUAUAUUGGUGUGUGUGGUGUGCGGCGCGAUGUUCCGUCCCAUUAAGCCCGUGCGCGUCACGCUCGCCGACCAGACGGAAGAGGAGGACACAGCGCGCCGGCACGAGGAGGCCGUCGAAAAACUCAACUCCAUGAUCAAGCUCCAUAGCAAAUUGGACUCCGGCAUCGCCAUGCCCCCGGAGAUGAGGUUCACCAACAAAGUAAGCCCUCAUACUUGGAUGGGCGUCGCUAACAACACUCGCUAUCCCACUGCCGAAGAAAUCUUCAAAGGCAGCAACUCCCACCUCGGGAGACGAUCGUCUGCCACCGCGGGGACCAUGAAGAACCUAAACAAACCCAUGUUUAUCACGGGCACGGUAGCGGAAAAAGACGAACAGGAAGAUUCCAACAGCAACAUCGAUAACGCCGAGCCCUUGAUCGCCGCUCCCAUCAAAGUGAUCUCUAGGGACGCGAGGCCGCGGCGUUCCCACGCAGACUUGGUGGCCAGACCAUUGUAUCGUGAUGAUAUAUUCUUCGGAGCUAGUCUUGCGCGGCUACCCCAGUACACUUCCCGGACCUCGCUGGGCUACCACUUGGCCGUUACUCACCUGCCCACAAAGGAAGAUGUGCAAGAAGACGAAUCUGGAAAGUGCAGUCUUUGCCCUGAGGCGGUCAGGAGAGCGUUGGCGACCAUGUUGGACGUGAGCCUGUUCAAAUCACCGACAUUUAUAAUCUUAGCGAUCAGUGGCUUCUUCACUAUGCUCGGGUUCUUCGUGCCGUACAUGUAUGUGAAGAAACGCGCGGAGGAGAACGGUAUGAGCGUGGAUACGAGCGUGAUGCUGGUGUCUGUGAUCGGUAUUGCUAACAUUGUGGGCCGUAUCGCGUGCGGGCUGGUAUCCUCGAUGCCGCGCAUCUCCCCGCUGUGGCUCAACAACAUCGCGCUAUCUGCGGGCGGCGUCGCAACCAUGCUCAGCGGCCUCUGGUUUGACAACGCUUACCAGUUCUCCUACUGCGUUGCCUUUGGACUUGCCGUUGCAUGCUUUUCGUCUCUUCGUUCUAUUCUGGUUGUUGAGUACAUUGGCUUGGAGCAGCUGACCAACUGCUUCGGUCUGUUCCUUCUCUUCCAAGGAUUAGGAGCUCUACUCAGUGCUCCUAUUGGUGGUAUUCUUAGAGAUAUGACUGAUGGAUUCGAGGCGUCAUUCUACGCAUCGGGCGCGUUCCUUCUGUUCUCUGCUAUGAUGUGCUAUCCUGUGGACUACAUCAGUCGCUGGGAGAAAUCGCGCAACAAGCUCACCACCACACCAAAAGUCUGAUUUUGUAAUAAUUAUUCAAGAGACUUAAAUAUCGAUGUAAACCGGAGUCAAACGACUCGGUCCGUAACGUAUCUGUGUGGAAAAUGUUAUAAAGAAACAUUAUGUCAAAUUCUAUUCAAAAUAAUUAUAUCAGAGAAGUACCUGAAGAAUAUGUUAAAAGUAUCAGGGUACGUUAAUUCAUUGAAUUGUAGAAUACAUUAAAUGCACGGUUGAUUUCAAUGUUCUCUAA